AUGAGCAUUGAACAAAGAGCCAACAUUAAGUUUUGUUUUAAACUCGGUAAAACGUUUACCGAAACGUUUCAAUUGAUGCAACAAGUUUAUGGUGAUGAUUGCCUAUCCCGUGGAAGAGUUCAUGAGUGGUAUACGCGUUUUAAAAACGGUCGUAAAGACAUCAAUGACGACUCUCAUGUUGGCCAGGCCAAAUUCGUGAUUACGCCAGAGAGCAUCGAAAAAGUGCGUGAUUUUCUCAACAUUCAUCCGAAAUCGUCGUUGCGUUUUAUGGAAAUCGAAUUGGGAAUGUCCAAAGAUUCGAUUCAUCGCAUUUUGACCGAAAAAUUGGGCUAUCGGAUGUUGCACGAUAAUGCGCCAUCUCAUCGAUCGACGCUCAUCACCGAUUUUUUUAGCAAAAAUCGCAUUUUAUUGGUCAACCAUUCCCCGUAUUCGCCUGAUCUGACACCCUGUGACUUUUAUCUAUUCGGAAAACUUCAUUUGCCGAUGAAAGGCAUGCGCUAUGCUGACAUUCCGACCAUUCAAAAGGCGUGUACCAUCAUCCUCCGAGCCAUGCCGGCCAACGACCUAAAAUCGUCAUUCGAAAAGUUGUUAAGUCGUGCAAAUCAGUGUAUCGAAGCGGAAGGAGACUAUUUUGAAUAA